GAUUUGAUGUAAUGUUUUAAUGCAUUUCAAAAUAUUAUUACAAAUCAUAUCAUUUGAAUAUUAAUGUCAUUUAUGAUAAUCUCUUUUGGAUUAAUUAAUUACUAAGUGAUAGAAAUGGAUUAUCUCCAACACAAAGUAGAUAAUCUCAAGAUUAUUGUCUUUGACUUAGACUAUACUCUGUGGCCCUUUUGGGUGGACACACACGUGACGCCUCCCUUUAGGCACCGAAAUGGCAAAGUAGUUGAUAAUUCAGGACAAGUUGUGAAACAUUAUCCAUACGUAACUGAGGUUUUGGAAAAACUUAGUUCAUUAGGAUAUACUUUAGGAAUUGCCUCUCGAACCACUGCUACCGAUGAAGCAGAACAGUUGAUUGAGUUAUUUGAUUGGAAUAAAUUGAUUAAAUAUAAAGAGAUAUUCCCGGGAUGUAAGAUAAAUCACUUCAAUAAUAUCCAUACAGACAGUGGAAUCCCAUUCUCACAAAUGCUAUUCUUUGACGAUGAAAGUCGAAACAUAAGAGAUCUCAUGAGUAAAGGAGUGGUAAGUAUUUUAGUUAAUAAAGGAAUCGACAAAAAUGUUGUUAUUAAUGGCAUUCAAACUUUUGUCAAUCAAAACCAAUCGUCUUAA